UCAGCAGCCGUCGUCUGCUGGCUGCACUUGCCCAGCGUCACUGUGUUCCCAAAGCUCACCACAGAGGGCAGAAGCCAAAGAGCUGCAUAUAACCUCAAAUGUAUUUUGGAUUUUAUUUUCUCUGGGUGCCGCAUAUUUGCAGAGAGGGUGAAGCAGCAGACAGGUAUUUUUAUCUGUUUCCUAGAAAAAGCAAUAAUGAAUUAUGAACAUGUGCCACCUUACCAGAUUCUUUCUUGCCUUCAGACUGGAAGAGAGAGCAGAGAGGUUGUGCAGCUCUAUUUGACAGCACAAGGAGACCUGCAGUAUACAUUGAGCUAUUAUGGACUAAUGCAGAGGUAUUUUUAUUCCUCUCAGCUCCUGAUGGGCAGCUAUAUUUACAAAUUGCUAUUUCUCCACAAUUUUAUAGAACAUGUCUCUCUUGGAGUGCUGGUGGAGAGGCAGUUUUGUUCUGACCAUUUCUGCCACUAGACUAUGUCUGCCUUCAUUAAUGGAUAACCAAACCAAACAAACCUCCAAACUUUCACAUAAGAAACUGCAGGAAACCAUGCCAAAGUCACACCAGUCUGCUAAGUUGACUGACUUUGCAGCUAACAGUCUUACAAUAAAUUAAUAAGGAAGCUUUUUUGUUAGCUUCAAUGCACACGGAUUACAAGGCAUAUAGGGAAGUGUUUUGUGGUUGGUUUUUUUUUUCCUUGAAAAUGUUGGAUUAAUCUCUCAUGUGAGUACAUUUUAAUGGCUGUUGAUAUGCUUCUGAUGUAUUGAUUGGUUGCAGUUUUGCUCACAGAUGAGAAUAAACAGUGCUUUUCUAUACAUAGUACAGUGAAGGAAUGAACAAAUUAAUUGUUCUGUAGGGCUUCAUCUCUUUUCUAAAUCAGCAACUCAGAUGGACACCUUCACUACGGACAAGACUAUGUUAAUGCACCUGAUCCUGCUGAGCCUGGUGAUUGGGAGCAGCCAGGGGUGCUACUGUGAACAUUACCCAUGGGGGUCAUGGUCUGCCUGUUCACAAACCUGCAAUUACGGCACACAGACCAGGCACAGGCAAAUAAGAAUGGAUGAAUAUUAUAAUCAAAACUUCUGUGAUCAGCUGUGCACAAAGCAGGAAUCUCGUGCGUGUAACCAGCAAACAUGUCCUAUCAACUGUCGGCUUGGAGACUUUGGCCCUUGGUCAGAAUGUGACCCGUGCAUUAAAAAACAAUUUCGUGUCCGGACACUCUUGCGACCAUCCCAGUUUGGGGGUCAGGCCUGUACAGAACCACUGGUGGAUUCCCGCCCAUGCUUCCCAACUAAGCUCUGCAACAUAGUGGAAGUUGAUUGCAAGAAUAAAUUUCAGUGUGAAAGUGGUCGCUGUAUUGCAAAAAAAUUUGAAUGUAACGGAGAAAAUGACUGUGGGGACAACUCUGAUGAAAGAAAUUGUAGGAGGAUAAAGACCGUGUGUAACAGAAAGUACGAGAGCAUACCAGGUGUGCAGUUAAUAGGCAGUGGAUUUCACAUUCUGGCAGGAGAGAGCCGAGGAGAAGUCCUUGGCAACUCAUUCAAUGGAGGACAAUGCACCACAGUGAAGCACAAUGAGACAAGGAAAUCAUACCGUGUUCCUGCAAACCUGGAGGCUGUCAGCUUUCAGGUAAAAGAUGAAGAGGAUGAUGUAACAUCAGAUUUUUACAAUGAUUUAACUCCCCUGAGUGAUAGUGCUCAUGGACGUAGUUCAUCCACUCAUGGUGCUCAAAGAUCUUCUGGUGUCCCAUUUUUAUUCUCAAGAAAGAAAAGGGUUAAAGUUACAUCAUCUUCCUCCUUCAAGAAAGCUGUUGAAGCCUCAUAUAUAAAGAAUUCCAAUUUUAUUAGAGUCCACAAAAUAAUUUCUGUUGCAAACUUCACAAUGAAACAAUCAGAUCUGCAGAUCUCAGACAUCUUUCUAAAAGCACUUAACCACCUGCCCCUGGAGUACAACUACGCUUUAUACAGCAGAAUAUUUGAUGACUUUGGCACUCACUACUACACCUCUGGGAAGAUGGGAGGUUCCUAUGAUAUUCUUUACCAGUACAGCUCUGAGGAAUUGAAGAACUCAGGCCUGGCAGUAGAUGAAUCAACAGAGUGUGUCCGAACAGAAACAACAAGGCGUGUGUUGUUCCGGAAGAAAAAGAAAGUCAGUACCACAUGCACUACAAACAGGAUGACUGUGAAACAUGAAGGUUCCAUUCUGGAGUCGGCUGAACAGUCCAUCUCUCUGGUAAAGGGUGGCAGAUCAGAAUAUGCUGCAGCUCUGGCCUGGGAGAAAAAGGGGGCUUUUCCAGGACACACAGUCUUCACAGACUGGCUGGAAUCAGUAAAGGACAAUCCUGUUGUGAUUGACUUUGAGGUGUCACCCAUUGUGGAUUUGGUGAAGAAUGUGCCAUGUGCCGUGACCAAACGUCGCAACCUGCAGACAGCCCUGAGAGAGUACGUGGGCAGGUUUGACCCUUGCCAGUGUGCCCCAUGCCCCAACAAUGGCAGGCCUGUGCUUCUCAGGAUGGAGUGCCUCUGUCUGUGCCAGGCUGGCACCUAUGGCAAAAGCUGUGAGACACGAGCUCCAGGCUACAAAUCAGUUGCUGUAGAUGGCCGCUGGGGUUGCUGGUCUGAAUGGAGUUCUUGCGAUGCUUCUUUCAAAAGAAGAAGGACUCGGGAGUGUAAUAACCCCUCCCCUAUGAACGGCGGGAAGCCCUGUGAAGGUGAACAGGAAGAAGAGGAGGACUGUUAUGUCUCUGUGUUCACAGACAGAGGUGCUCCUUGUAUAAAUGAUAAUGAAGCCAGGAGAGAAGAGGAUGUCUUGAUUGGUGAACCUGAGUCUGGAUGCUCCAGGCCAGUCCCACCAGAAUAUGGCUUUAUUAGGAAUGAAAAGAACCAGUACGCUGUGGGGGAAGAAGCCGAAAUUGCCUGUGUGAGCGGUCAUGUUCUCAGUGGCUAUCAAUUCUUUCGGUGUCUGCCAGAUCUAACCUGGAUGCAGCAACCUGUUGAAUGUCAACCCUCAGUAUGCCUCAGGCCACCAAUAUCUGACAGUGUCACAAUUUCCCCAUUUAAGCAACAGUACAGUGUUGGUGAAACCAUGAAGCUGAGCUGCCAGGCUGGGUUUAUAGUCACUGGUCAAACACAGUAUACCUGUGGGAAAGACUUGUCCUGGAUACCACCUAUUUUGAGAUCCAUUACAUGUGGAAAAGAUGUGCAAACUAAAAUUAGAGGUGUUUGCAAUCCAGGACAAAAGCAGGUUGGAUCUCAGUGUGUUUGUAUGUCUCCAGAAGAAGAUUGCAGCCACUACUCGGAAGACAUCUGUGUGCUACAUGCUGUUUCUGAACAGAACGUGACGAAGUCCAGCUGUCAGUAUUCAGCUGAAACGUGCCUCAGAGAGCAGUCAUUUCAUUUCUUGCACACUGGCCCUUGUCAUGGUGAUUCCAACCUAGACUGGGCUAUUGAAAGGGCAAAGCUCUCCACAAAGAGCUUGAAGAAAGUGCCCUGUGGCUAUGACACCUGCUAUGACUGGGAGGAGUGUCCAGACACACAGACCCAAUGCUCCUGCCUGAUGCCUUACCAAUGCCCCAAAGAAGAGAGACGCAUUCACUGCAUCCAAAUGGAAUCGACAGGGAGGAGGAGGACAGUCAGUCAGUGCAUGCUGGCAGCCAUGAAGUGUGCUGGCAUCAAACUGGAGGUGCUGGAGCAGGGGAGCUGCCUAGUGUAACGCAUCAGUUCUCCUGGCAGCCACCAUGACCAUCCCACCACACACAGGCUGAGCCAUCCCAGGAGCAACUUGGCUGGUUACAAAAGGACAAGUAGAUUAAAAAGUAGAUGAAAACAAAAAAAAGGUAGCAUUCACAAUGGAUUUUUUGGGACAUGGGUGGCAGUGGGCAUUUUUUGGUCUGAAAAUGGCUUGGGUUGUGCGGUAUAGGGGCUGCUGUCAGUGCUGGCAACUGUGAAUGCACAGAGGGAGAGACAACAGCAAGACGGGAAGGGAGAAAGAGGAGCAUUGCCUCUGGUCUCUCCUGGUGCUGGUUGAGCCUUAUGGCACAGAAUAAAGACAUCAUCUGCCACUCUCUAAUAAGUUGCAGAAUGGAAGAGGAUGAAGUCACAUUGCCAGUAUUUGGUUGAAAAUGUCUAGACUUCUGUGUCCUGGUCUCUGUAAUCAUGACACUGACAUGAAUUGGGCUAUUGAAAAGAUAAAGUCUUCAGCGAGGAAUGAAAGGAAACAGCCCUGCAGUCCUCCCCUGGAAGAGCAUUUGGGCCCAAUUCCACCACUCACAUGGGCCAAGGACUGUCUCCAACAAGACAAUCGUGUUUGGUGGCAUGGGGUUAGCUGGCUCCAUGUGAACUGACCCAUACCCCUUUGCCUCUGGGAUUGUAAAAUGAGCCAGUAUUCCAAGGAUUAGAAGCAGUCUGAUUGCAUCUUGGUGGCAGCUUCAUGUAGAAAGACAAUAUCCAAUAUUUGUGUGCUGAGAACAGUGGUAAGUACUGAAACAAAGAUGGCAACCCUGUUUUCAGGAGAUAUCAGCAUGUACAUGUCCUGGGAGAUGAUCCAAAUAAAUCCAUUCUCAAGAAA